GGACAAAUGAGUUUCCGAGUCUUCUGCUUUGCGAAAGUAUCGUCGCUCUGCAUCAACUUGCAGGAUCUCUGUAUCCAAUUGAAGGGCCUUUCCCGGCGCAUGUCAACCCUUGGUCUUGGCUCCUACGGGGGUGGGAUGACCGAACUGUUUCAUGCCAUCCCAAGCCUCACGCUAACCCAGUGGGACCUGGAAUGGAUGCCCCACACAGUCCCUAAUUUUAUUGUACACGCUUCCGUUCUGUUUAUAGUUUAGUUACUGUGGACGAGCGCCUAUAUCAAGACUCAGGGUUCCCUGGUCUGAAUGAACUUCAGCAACCGAAGUAUCCUUUGAAAUCGAUUAAACAUUUCUCCUCGCUGCUAUACACGAUGAAACUCCUUUCUACCAGUGUUGCUGCCCUCCUGGGACUUGCGCAUCUCGGCGCAGCACAGAAAGUCUCUGGCGCCGCUCAGGGUUUCGCCUCCGGUGUCACCGGUGGUGGUGAUGCCGAAGGACAGGAGCCCAGCGACAUUGAUCAGCUGAAGGAGUGGCUUACCGACGACACUCCCCGUGUUAUCCUCCUCUCAAAGGAGUACGAUUUCACCGAAUCCGAGGGUACCGAGAGCGGCAACGUUUGCGCCUCUUGGGGUGAGGGCGAGGGAUGCCAGAAGAUCAUCCAGGAGGAUUGUGGCAGCGACCCUGCCUCUACCGGAACCUGGUACAAGGCCCCGAAGAACCCCAUCGACGUCGGCUCCGACAAGACUAUUCUGGGUGUCGGUGAUAGCGGUGCUAUUAAGGGUAAGGGUCUGCGUUUCCGUGGUGGUGUCUCCAACAUCAUCGUGCAAAACAUCCACGUGACCGACCUGAACCCUGAAUACGUCUGGGGAGGUGAUGCUAUCUCUUUUGACGGAGCUGAUCUGGUCUGGAUUGACCACGUUACGACUGCUCGCCCUGGUCGCCAGCACUACGUCUUCGGCUUCGACACCAGCACCCGUGUGACUCUGUCAAACAACUUCAUCAACGGCGAGAGCCCCUACUCCACUGGCUGUGGCGACAAGCACCACUACUGGACCUUCGAGAUGGUCGGCGAAGACGACCAGAUUACUCUGCAGAACAACUACAUCUUCAGCACUGCCGGACGCAGCCCUGCCCUCAGCGGCGGCACCCUCCUGCACGCCGUCAACAACGUCUGGGAAGACAACAACGGCCAUGCCCUUGAGGGCGGAGAGGACAAGGCACGCGGUCUCUUCGAGGGUAACGUCUUCCUGAACGUCAACCAGGUCAUUGGCGACUAUGCCGGCCGCAUCUUCACCUCUCCUGAGUCUGCUCUCGACCAGUGCACUUCGGCUCUUGGUCGCGCAUGCGAGGUCAACGUUGUCACCGACUCGAACGACUUCACUGAGUCGACCGAUACCUCGUUCUUCUCUGACUUCAAAGGCCUUGAGAUUGCUCCUGCUACAUCCGCCACCGAGGCCCAGUCCAGUGUCCCCAACAACGCGGGCGCUGGUAAGCUCUAAGUGAUUGUAUUGUCGCUUGGUCAACUGAUAGGACGCCUCUUUUUUAGUUCUCGAGAAAGCGUGGCGGCCGAUAAUUCUCUUCAUAUGUAAUUAUUCAUUUUCUGGGCAGAAACAAUGCCAUUUAUCUCUGCAAUCGAUAACAAUUGUUUUCGACUC